GGAUCGAUGGGAUCGAGCUCAAGAUCGCAAACAUACUCUCCUUUACCUUCUUCCUGGGUUGGAACGCGUGGUCAAAGUUUGGUCUAAAGGACAAAUACUAUGGAGACAGGACCACAUAUAUCACUCCUGCAUCUUGGGCUUUUCUAAUCUGGCAUGUCAUCCACCUUCUGCUCCUAGGGACCAUCAUCUAUCAGUUUACUCCUAGCGGCAAACGUGUCAUCAUUGAUAGUAUCGGCUGGCGAUUUCCACUGCUCACAGUGCUGAACACCGUUUUCGUAGGUUUGAGGGCUACGCAUCAAUGGGUGUCUUCAUUUGUCUUUGCACUGCUAGUUUACUCUUCGGUAACCCACAUAUACUACAUCGUGAAGAAGCGCCAUGCAGCUCCCAACCUUGGCGACGAGAUCUAUAUCCACCUCCCUUUCUCGCUCUGGCAUGCGUGGUCGACUUUCAUCGUCAUCGUGGCCGCAUUUGAGGCGUUCGGGAUACCCACCUACUACACCGCCGGCAUAGCAACGGAGGUCCUCGUCUUCCUCUCCCUCCUCUUCCUCGAGUUCACGGCCAUCUACUACGCGUUUUCGACGAAAGACGGAGACCUUCCUGGCGCGGUCGUCAUCUUUUGGUCCAUUUGGGCAGUCCUCGAUCGCCAGGGCUGGCGCAACGACUUCAUCUACUGGUCCGCAUUCGGCUUCGCGAUUCUCUCCCUCGUCUGGAUAGUCAGAGGAGGAGUCAGACUCUUCAGACGCAUCCGCGAACGUUCUAUCGCGCUUGAUGAAGCUGAGCGUGCUCCUCUCCUUCCCGAUCCUUGA